UGGCGGUCUGAGCGGCUGUGACUUUGCGAGAAGUUUUAAAAUGUACGAUCUUCCACCGAUGUAGCUCCCCAAAUAUCCGUCUUUUUUCUAAAGCCCGCGAAACAAAAGUUGAGUUUGAAGCGAUGGAGUGUUAGCUGAAGUGAAGAUUGAAGACGUGAUAGAAGAUGGACGACUACUGCUAUGCUAAGAUGGCAACGUCCGCUAAAAGAGAACAUGACAGAGAAUCAGCACCGCAGAAAAAGACGAAAACCGCAGAUAAAGAUGACCUAUUUGAAAUUUCCAACAACGUCAUUUUGAAGGCGACCGUAAGCCCAGACAAGAGCGUGUGUCGGAAAUUAGCCGACUUUGUAGAACAACGUAAAGAAAGAGCCGCCAUGAUUGUUAGCUUGAAGAAGGCAGUGGAGUUCACAUCAGAGGAGAUGAAAGAAUGCAAAAGUCAAAUGAAGAAAGUGGAAGAAAAUAUUGUUUUGAAAGAAGAAAUGUUGGGGAAGAGUAAGAGAUGUGCAGUGUGUGAAGAGAAGACUGGACCACAUGUCUACAUCAACGUGCAGAGGAUUGGAGACGUCCAGCAGCUGUUUGGUCAUCCAGAAGAACUGCAGGGAGGGAGCUCCACUCUGAAGCAGGAGGCUCCUCAGCCCCCCCACAUUAAAGAGGAAGAGGAGGAACUCUGGAUCACUCAGGAGGGAGAGUGUCUUCUAGGACUGGAUGAAACUGAUCUCACCAAGUUGCCACUGACUAUUGUCUCUGUGAAGACUGAAGAUGAUGAAGAGAAACCACAAGUAGACAACCUCUUAGCUCCACUAUCAGAUAGUGAGGCUGAAGAUGAGGUUGAAGUAUCUUUGAGCAGCGAUACAGACUGUGAAGGUGAUAUGAGGACUCACACUGACAACAAACAGUCUGAAUGCUCUCAAGAGAGGACAGGUAAAAAAUGUUUAAGCUGCUCAAUUUGUGGUAAAAGCUUUUUUAAAAAGAACACCUUGAAUAAGCACAUGAGAAGACACACAGGAGAAAAAACAUUUACUUGCUCAGUUUGUGGUAAAAGAUUCCUUCAUAAUGCAGACAUGGUAAUACACAUGAGAACGCACACGGGAGAAAAACCAUUCAGCUGUUCAGUUUGUGGUAAAAGCUUUACGCGGAGUGGCACUUUGAUUCAUCACAUGAAAACACACACGGGGAGAAAACCGUUCAACUGUUCAGUUUGCGCUAAAAGCUUUUCUCUCAAAUGCAAUUUGGCUAAACACAUUCGAACGCACACAGGAGAAAAACCGUUUACAUGUUCAGUUUGCGGUCAAAGCUUUACUGAAGAAGGAAAUUUGGCUAAACACACGAGAACGCACACUGGAGAAAAACCAUUUAGUUGUUCAGUGUGCAGUAAAAACUUUACUCGAAAAGGCAGUGUGAAUGACCACAUGAGAACGCACACGGGUGAAAAAUUAUUUAAUUGUUCAGUAUGCGGUAAAUGCUUUUCUCAAAAGAAAUGUUUGACUAAACACAUGAAAGCACACAAUGUGGAACAGCCGAUUGGUCAUCCAGGAGAACUUACACCUCAGCCGCAAGGAGAAAGUUCCACUUUGAAGGAAGAGGAUCCACAUUCCCCUCACAUUAAAGAGGAAGAGGAGGACCUUUGCAUCACUCUCGGAGCGGAGGAAGCUGAUCUCGCCAGGUUGCCACUGACUAUUGUCUCUGUGAAGACUGAAGAUGAUGAAGAGAAACCACCUGAGACCUUUCGUUGGUCGUUCUCUGCCAACGUCCAGCAGCUGAUUGGUCAUCCAGAAGAGCUUCCUCCUCAUCAGCAGGGUGGGGACUUCACUUGGAAGCAGGAGGCUUCACAGCCACCCCACCUUAAAGAGGAAGAUGAGGGAGCGGGCCUUCUAGGGCCGGAGGAAGCUGAUCUCACCAAGUUACAACUGAUUGUUGUCUCUGUGAAGACUGAAGAUGAUGAAGAGAAACCACAAGUAGACAACCUCUUAGCUCCACUAUCAGAUAGUGAGGCUGAAGACGAGGUUGAAGAACCUUUGAGCAGCGAUACAGACUGUGAAGGUGAUAUGAGGACUCACACUGACAACACAAACUAUGAAUGUUCUAUAGAGAACACAACUAAAAAACAUUUGAGCUGCUCAGUGUGUGCGAAAAGCUUUAUGAAAAAGAGUAAUUUGAUUCAACACAUGAGAAUACACACAGGAGAAAAAACAUUUAAUUGUUCAGUUUGUGGUAAAAGCUUCACUCAAAAAGGAAAUUUGAGUCAACAUAUGAAAACACACACAGGAGAAAAAACCUUUAAUUGCUCAGUUUGUAGUAAAAGCUUUUCUCUAAAGUGCAAUUUGACUCAACACAUGAGAAUGCACACGGGAGAAAAACCAUUUAAUUGUUCAGUUUGCGGUAAAAACUUUUCUAUGAAGGGCAGUUUGACUGUACACAUGAGAACACACACCGGUGAAAAGCCGUUUGAUUGUUCCGUUUGUAGCAAAAGCUUUUUUCGAAAGGGCAGUUUGACUCAACAUAUGAAAAAGCACACUGGAGAAAAACUAAUUUAUUGUUCAAUAUGCGGUAAAAGCUUCACUACCAACAGCCAUUUGACUGAACACAUGAGAAAGCACACUGGAGAGAAACCAUUCAGCUGUUCAGUUUGCGGUAAAAGCUAUACUCAGAGAAGCAAUUUGUCUGAUCAUAUGAGAACACACAGGAGAAACAUCUGUCAGUUGUUCAGUUAGCGGUGAAAUAUUUCUUCAUAAUGGAGACACAGUGAGACCCAAAAGAACACAUAGGGGAGAAAAAACAAUCUGCCCUUAAUUUUUGUGUCAAAAAUAUACUCAAAGGGAAAAAAAUUGAGAGAAUAAAACGAUUAGUAGCUCAGUUUUUGACUACAGUGUCUUUACAAAGUUAGACAUAAUGAAACACUGAAUGUUGUGAGCGUAUAUUAAAGGUUUAGAGGCAAGAAUACAAGGCAGCUCAUCAAACACAGCAGCAACCUUUCUCUGGUUUUUGAUUGCUUUAUCAUUAAUUUUAUUUAUUUUAUAUACUUUAUUGGGAACUUUGAAAUAACUUGAACCAAAAUCACUCAUUUAGAGUUAGAAUGACACUAAGAACAACAGAUACACCACAAAAUGGAUGGUGGAGUUCUCCUCACUUUCCCUUAUAAUAGUCUCAGGUCAUUAUUUUGGUGGCUGCAUGCAUUUGAAUGGUAUAAAAAAUAUUGUUUAACUCGAAGAAACCUCUGUUUCCGUGGAAUAAAAACUGUUGUUGUCAGAAUAAUUGUAUAUAAGUUGUCACACAACUCGUUUGCUUGCAGUUCAGGUUGCCCUGCGUGAAGACCGGUGGCCCUGGUUACUAUCCACUUGUGCUCACAAAGCUGUGAUUGUUCUUAUCAAGCAAAGGCAGACAGCUUGUAAAUCUCCACUGUGUGCAAUGGAAUGCACCUCGCCAUAGAAGUGUCUGUUUUUCAGAUCUGGACCGCCACGGGAGGGGCCGUAUCAGGACCCGAAGUCUCCAAGAAGAUAAGGCGGACAAGCAGAAAGUGGGUGAACCCGACACCGCUCCAAGCACAUUUUGUUUUAACUGUUUAUGACCCAAUACUGGGCUGCUGCAUAAUCUGACGCCUCCCCUUAGAUGCAGCUUCAGCUAUGUAA